GGGGAGAAAGAGAGACGGAGAGAGAGAGAGAGAGACGCACAGAUGUGCACGGAGGCCACAGACACUGACAUUUGGAAUUCCUUCAGGGUAAAAGGACACCGGAAUGGGAGCUUAGAAGUGUGCUGCUAAGAUUUCCGGCUGCACGGAAUUAUUAAGUUUUUCUUAAAAAAACAAAAAAAGAAAGAAAGAAAGAAAAAGAAAAGAACCCCCUCCGCAGCGAGCCACUUAGGUGCUCCUUUCACGCCAGAGUCCCCUGUUAAGGUGGCAGCCCUUGAUAACUAAUCUCGGGCACCCAGCCGCUUCUGUAAGCUUAAGGAGACGACGAGGAGAGGCGGGGGAAGUGCGUCACCAGCGGACGGAAUAGACCUCAGCAGCGGCGUGGUGAGGACUUAGCUGGGACCUGGAAUCGUAUCCUCCUGUGUUUUUUCAGACUCCUUGGAAAUUAAGGAAUGCAAUUCUGCCACCAUGAUGGAAGGAUUGAAAAAACGUACAAGGAAGGCCUUUGGAAUACGGAAGAAAGAAAAGGACACUGAUUCUACAGGUUCACCAGAUAGAGAUGGAAUUCAGCCCAGCCCACACGAACCACCCUACAAUAGCAAAGCAGAGUGUGCGCGUGAAGGAGGAAAAAAAGUUUCGAAGAAAAGCAAUGGGGCACCAAAUGGAUUUUAUGCGGAAAUUGAUUGGGAAAGAUAUAACUCACCUGAGCUGGAUGAAGAAGGCUACAGCAUCAGACCCGAGGAACCCGGCUCUACCAAAGGAAAGCACUUUUAUUCUUCGAGUGAAUCGGAAGAAGAAGAAGAAUCACAUAAGAAAUUUAAUAUCAAGAUUAAACCAUUGCAAUCUAAAGACAUUCUUAAGAAUGCUGCAACUGUAGAUGAAUUGAAGGCAUCAAUAGGCAACAUCGCACUUUCUCCAUCACCAGUGGGUGCAAUUAAAAGGAACUUAUCCAGUGAAGAAGUGGCAAGACCCAGGCGUUCCACACCAACUCCAGAACUUAUAAGCAAAAAGCCUCCAGAUGACACUACGGCCCUUGCUCCCCUCUUUGGCCCACCACUAGAAUCAGCUUUUGAUGAACAGAAGACAGAAGUUCUUUUAGAUCAGCCUGAGAUAUGGGGUUCAGGCCAACCAAUUAAUCCAAGCAUGGAGUCGCCAAAGUUAACAAGGCCUUUUCCCACUGGAACACCUCCACCACUGCCUCCAAAAAAUGUACCAGCUACCCCACCCCGAACAGGAUCCCCCUUAACAAUUGGACCAGGAAAUGACCAGUCAGCCACAGAGGUCAAAAUUGAAAAACUACCAUCCAUCAAUGACUUGGACAGCAUUUUUGGGCCAGUAUUGUCCCCCAAGUCUGUUGCUGUUAAUGCUGAAGAAAAGUGGGUCCAUUUUUCUGAUACAUCCCCGGAACAUGUUACUCCGGAGUUGACUCCAAGGGAAAAAGUGGUGUCCCCACCAGCUACACCAGACAACCCAGCUGACUCCCCAGCUCCAGGCCCUCUCGGCCCCCCAGGUCCCACAGGCCCCCCAGGGCCUCCUGGGCCUCCUCGCAAUGUACCAUCGCCGCUCAAUUUAGAAGAAGUCCAGAAGAAAGUCGCUGAGCAGACCUUCAUUAAAGAUGAUUACUUAGAAACAAUCUCAUCUCCUAAAGAUUUUGGGUUGGGACAAAGAGCAACUCCACCUCCCCCACCACCACCCACCUACAGGACUGUGGUUUCGUCCCCCGGACCCGGCUCGGGCCCUGGUCCGGGGACCACCAGUGGUGCAUCAUCCCCUGCUCGACCAGCCACUCCUUUGGUUCCUUGCAGAAGUACCACUCCACCUCCACCUCCUCCCCGGCCUCCAUCCCGGCCAAAGCUUCCUCCAGGAAAACCUGGAGUUGGAGAUGUGUCCAGACCUUUUAGCCCUCCCAUUCAUUCUUCCAGCCCUCCUCCAAUAGCACCCUUAGCGCGGGCUGAAAGCACUUCUUCAAUAUCGUCAACCAAUUCCUUGAGCGCAGCCACCACUCCCACAGUUGUGUCAGAAGAUGAUGUUUUUUAUGACAAACUGCCCUCGUUUGAAAGGCGCUGUGAAACGCCUGCAGGUUCUUCCAGGGGACCCAGCCCCCUAACCAUGGGAGCUCAGGACACUCUCCCUGUUGCAGCAGCAUUUACAGAAACAGUCAAUGCCUAUUUCAAAGGAGCAGACCCAAGCAAAUGUAUCGUUAAGAUUACCGGAGAAAUGGUGUUGUCAUUUCCUGCUGGCAUCACCAGACACUUUGCCAACAACCCGUCCCCAGCUGCUCUGACUUUUCGGGUGAUAAAUUUCAGCAGGUUAGAACACGUCCUACCAAACCCCCAACUUCUCUGCUGUGAUAAUACACAAAAUGAUGCCAAUACCAAGGAAUUCUGGGUAAACAUGCCAAAUUUGAUGACUCACCUAAAGAAAGUGUCUGAACAAAAACCCCAGGCUACAUAUUAUAACGUUGACAUGCUCAAAUAUCAGGUGUCUGCCCAGGGCAUUCAGUCCACACCUCUGAACCUGGCAGUGAAUUGGCGAUGUGAGCCUUCAAGCACUGACCUGCGCAUAGAUUACAAAUAUAAUACAGAUGCAAUGACGACUGCUGUGGCCCUCAACAAUGUGCAGUUCCUGGUCCCCAUCGACGGAGGAGUCACCAAGCUCCAGGCAGUGCUCCCACCAGCAGUCUGGAAUGCUGAACAACAGAGAAUAUUGUGGAAGAUUCCUGAUAUCUCUCAGAAGUCAGAAAAUGGAGGGGUGGGUUCUUUGUUGGCAAGAUUUCAGUUAUCUGAAGGCCCAAGCAAACCUUCUCCAUUGGUUGUGCAGUUCACAAGUGAGGGAAGCACCCUUUCUGGCUGUGACAUUGAACUUGUUGGAGCAGGGUAUCGAUUUUCACUCAUCAAGAAAAGGUUUGCUGCAGGAAAAUACUUGGCAGAUAACUAAUGAAAUCUUAUGCAAGGAUUUGGAGGAUUCAUAUAAUGGAGAACUGAUGUAUGAGAAACAGGUUUUAAUUUUGGUUUGAUGAAAACAAACCAAUAUCUGCACUUGGGAUAUAUCAGGUGGAAAGUCAGUGGCUUUCAUCUGUGAUUUCCCUCACACACUACCAUGAUGACCAGUCCUACAGUAUUUACUUCUAGGUGUAAUAUUGUUAAUGGUUUUAAAAUGUAAUUAUUGUAUUUGUAAAUUGUACUCUCAUUCCAGUAAGGCAGUUAGACACUUGAGUUUUAGCAUUUUACCAUUCCUGAAAUGGAUGUAAUUUAAACUGUGGUAUGUAAAUUUAAUAGUAGUAUUGUUGAAUGGCACAAUGCUUACAGAGGUAGAUUGCAUUUUGUCAAUAUAUAAAAUUUAAAUAUAAUAUGGAUAGCUGUCAUAAAGGGGGUGCCACAUAUUAAAGAAACUUAAGUGGAACCAGAAGAAAAAGAAACAAACUUACUUUUCUUCAAUGCUUAGUAUGUUUUACUCUAGUGCUAAAUAAAAAUUCUAUCUUCAAAUGUUUAGUGGGUUAAAUUGAGAAACUAUUUCAGAAAAAAAUUCUAAGGUUACAGCAUAUUCAAAGAAAAGCAUUAGUUACCACUUUUUAAAAAGCUUUUUUUUCAAACUGCAAAUUUCAUAAAAAUGCAAACUGUGUAAACAGGGCCUCUUAUUUUUAUAACUUGUGUAAAAAGGGAAAGCAAUUCAUAUUUAAAGUUUAAGUAUAUUAAAUUAUAAUCAAGAGUAAAGAAGAUGUUGAAGUCUUAACUACUUGCCCCUCUCUACAGUUUCGCAAAUGUGGGGAUUGCUGAAUAAUCAGUCAGACUAAAACCAAAAUUGUGAUUUUAAGAUUUCAAGACUUUCCAUAGUUGAACUGGUUAAGAAUUUUUGCUUAAUUACUCUGAAUAGAUGAUCUUACUCAUCCAGUAUGGGGGAAUGAUACCUCGCGUCUUCCUCUUUACCCACAGGAAUCAAAACGCUGAGACUGAGAAUUUUAGGGAAAAAAAAAGUCCCCUGUUUAGAUCCAGAAGGAGAGUUUUAAUCAUUGUUUAUAUCAUUUGAGAAUGAAAAAAUAAGCUUUAUAAAUGAAAUUCUAUUCACAUUAUUGUGUAAUAAAUUUCCUUUCGGAUGAUUAGGAUUCAUUGUAUAAAACUGUAAAUCUUUGCCAUUCUUGGAGAAGCAAAAGGAGAGUUAUCAAAAAUGUAUGUCAUUUCAUCGUUGCAAGGUAUAAUAAAAACUGUAAUUAUUCAAUCUGGCCCUGCCAUAUGAACAUUUAGAAAGACAAACUUCUUCGGGAGUCUCAGUUGUAAAACCUUCCCUCAUUAAGAUCUGAAAAUGUUAGUCUUCCUUUAAGUCAUAGAACUUAUUUAAACAUAAACCAAUUUCUAUUACAGGUUAUGCUAUUAAAUAGCUGUAAUUAUUAAGUGAUUAUUUUUAUAAUUAGUUGUUAAAUUUCAUUUUACACCCACUCAAAUUUAACAAAGAAUCUUUAGCCCCUUUAAAUUUUAGAAUUAAAUUAAAUUUUUAAAGUCUUACUUCUAAAAUGAGAUUGUGACUGGCAAUUGUUUACAGUGAAACUUUUUAAAUUAAUCUUUAUACUCCUCUAUCAGUGCUUGCUACCAAGGGAAUGUCCAAAAUGAUUUGUUUUACUAUGGGAAAAUUCUUACUAUUUAACAAACUCUCAGUUGGCCCCCUACAGCAGUCUGGUGUUGAAGUUUCUUUGAACGAACUAAUUAAUAUACUCAUUUUAUGUAAAGGUAUCCAAUUUGAUUUUGAAACCAAAAUAGAAAAUGCAAAACUCUAAAUUCCAUGAAACAUGGAAUUUAUGACACCAAAAUCAAUGGAGAGUAAGCAGCAGCAAACUGAGAAUUAUCCAGCAUAUGAAUAUAACAAUGUGUUUUUAAGUAAUCAAUUCAUUUAAAAAAUUGAAUAUUAAUACAAAGCAUAUUAAAAACGUGUAACUAUUACUGGUUCUCAUGUCUUUGUAUUUAUAUUUUAUUUUGUUUUAUUUUGUAUAGAUCUAGAAUGAAUUAGUAAUUAAACACAAGGGUUUUUUCCCAAAAAAUAAUUUUACUGAUUUUUAAAAAUUUAAUUAAAAACAUAGAUUACAGUAAUCUCUAACAUUAUUCAAAUCUUUCUAGGGACUAAAUUAGAAACUAUGAAGAAAUCCUAUAAUCUCUUAACUGGUCUUUAUGGAACAGAAUGGGAGUCAACAAUUUCAAAAUGAUUGAACUGUGAAUAACCAGAACCUCAAUAGAAAAUGUAUCCCUUCACCUUUCAGAAAAGAGAUCAAAUAAUAACACAAUAAGCUGGUAUCAGGGAUUUGCAUUUUGACAUUUUGUUGCUUCUUUUUAAUUUUGUAGAUUAUAAUCUCCUGUUACAUCUAUAUCCACAGUACUGUAGAAUAAGAAUUCAUGUCCUGAAAAUGGUCCCAGGCAAUGAAAGAGUCUCAGUUAUCAAAGACAUUAAGUCAGAUUCAUUUAUUCAUUUUAUUCCUAAGUCAGAAUAAAAUGAACUAGUAGGUAUUAAAACUAUUUUCAGUACUAGGGGUUAAAACAAAAAGAAAUUGUUCUAGUUAACCAGAACACCAUUUCCUGAACGUUAUGAUCUUUAAAAGGUUCUGCUUUAGCAAGAUAAAAAGUAUAAAUGAUGCUACUUUAUUUUGGCAACAUGGAAAUUUUGUUUUUCUUUUCCAAUAAAAUCCAUAUUUUCGUGAAAUUUUUAAAAAUAAAUUUUUAUCAAGAAUUAGUCUGAAUUUUAUCAUAAUUGAAAUUUAUAAUUACUAAGAAUUAAAUUUUUAAUCACUUUUAAAGCUGUGUUCUUCUCUACACCCACAGCCAAAAUGGAAAUUCACUGUAUGGUAUUUGGGAAUAUAUUUCACCUGUAAAAGAAAGAAUGUCCACAAUUCAAAUGGUUUUGAGUUAAUAGAUAAGAAUCCCUCAGUCAAACUACAGAAUUUUUUUUGUUUUAUAUAUUCUUAGUCAGCAAAGUGUUUGAGCUAUAAUUACAAAUAUUUCCAUUUCUAAAUCUUCUUUUAGAAAAGCAGAUAACUAUCAUACCUUGGCUCUGCCACUGACUCCUGCCAUAUGAUAUUGGACAAGUCACUGCCCUUUUCAGUUUCUCAUCUUUAGAAUGGGGAGUUGAGAUUGCCAGUGGUUUUCAAGCUUUUCUUAACAGCAGGGCUUUUUUUCUAAUAAAAUUGCACAUGGAAUCCUGGUAGGCAAAACAGCUCAAAGCAAUGCAGGAGUUUCUCCAACAGUUUAAAUCGGGGCUCCCCAGAGCAUGGUUUAAAUACCAUAACAGUACACAAUGAUCUAUCAUGUGUCUUCCAACUCUGAAGUUCCACAGUUGUAAUUUACUCAGAUAAACCACCUUUUGAGGCUUUAUAAGCAAACUUGUAAAAUCACAGUAGUUGAAUGAUAUACAAUAAAAAUUGACAGAGUGUUUACCACGUACCAGUCACUAGAGAUAUUAGCUCAUUUAAUCCUCUUAUCCAUCAAAAAAUUGUAAGUACUCUUUUUAAUUCCUGUUUUACAAGUGAUGACACUGAGGCUUAAAUAGAAUAAUCUCCCCAAAAUGACACGGCAGCUGAAAGUAACCCAGCUAUUCUGACUGCAAAGGAAACGCCUUAAUUGCUUUGUCCAUCCUGAACAAAACAAUCUGUUUUAUGUCACUAUACAUACUCCAUUUGAAUGCCAAGGUAGAAGGCACCAUGAAAAACCAUUACCAAAAUAAGGAUAAUUCCAAUAACAAAACUGUCAAAAAAGAAUCACUGCUUCUCAAAAUAUGAUUUGUAUCAUCACUUAUUAAUGUUUUGUAUCAUCACUUAUUAAUGGUUUUGGCUUGGUCACCACUAUGCCUGGAAGAUAGUAGGCACUGAUAAACAUCGUUAAACACCGUAACAACACAAAAUGAUCUACCACAUGUCAAUGUCUUCCAUCUCUGAAAUUCCAUGAUUCGACUUUACUCAGAUAUACCACCUUUUGUGGCAUUAUAAGGAAACAUGUAUAAUCAAGUUCAUACAAGCUAUACACAGUAUGCAUCGAUAAAUUUGUAUUGACGGCAUAAAAUUCUAGGGAUGAGAUUUGGGAAUAUACAUUUUGAUAAGUGCCCCAAAUUUGAGAAUCAUUGCUCUAGUAGAUCUCUAAGGUCCUUCUUAGUUCUGACAUUAUAUCAGAUUUUAAGCAUUAAAUUCUAAGAUGAAAACCAUUUUUCUAGUCAGUUUAUUUUUCAUUCAGUCCACUUAAUUUCCUCCAAUCUUAAAAAAUUUUUUUCCCUAGGAAAAUCCCUAUCUUUUUCUUAAAGUUACUCUGUUAUACUAUCUCAGUCUCAAAGUAGCCUGAAAUGCAUUUUCUCAUUUUCAUAUUUCUGUCCUUUUCUCCAGUGUCUUAAAAGACUUGAAGUAGAAGGGAAGUUGCAAGCUGUUAUUUAUUCAAAUACAAAAUCCUAAUCAAUGUUUCCUUCUUUGCAAGGGACAUUCAGAUCUCUAACUUGUGAGUUGAACCUAUUUAUUUUGUAAGUUUUUGACUUUACAAACAUGUGGUAGCCUCAUUCUAAAAGAGUUGCACGAAUAUUUUUUCUCAAAAUAACCACAGGCUGUAAAUUAAAUUGAACAAUACAGUAAAAUAUGCAGAUACAUACUAAACAGAUGAGUGUGUGUGUAUGUGUCUGUGUUUAAGCUUUUCCUUUUCCAAAAGAUUAUACAUUUGAGCAAAAUCCCACCCAGUCUAAAUGUACUCAUUUUGCCACCUGGUUUUCUGAUCAGCAAUUUUUUUAAAAAAUGGAAGCGUUACAUUAUAUUUAAUAAUAUCAAAACAAGAGUGAUCUCUAAAUAUAGCUUUGAAAGUUAAUAUAAUAUGAUGUGUCCAUGCAAUGAGUCAAAUCAGAUUGUUGAUAUAAAUGAACAAAUCAAUCCAAGUUACAUUGAUUAAAGGGACUAUUCGGAUGACCAGCCUCACCAUCUUUUACUUUGUGCACUUUCCUCUUAAGGUUUUAUUGUAUUUUCCCUGCUCCUUUAGGCUUUUUUUUUCAUGUGGAAAACAGUAUCUAAAUGCCAUUCUCUCACUUAUGAAUUAAAUAUGGCUACCAUUAAUGUUCCUUUUUGUCGGUGGAGUGUAUGGAAGGAAAAUGAGAUAGGAGUACAUUGCUUAAGUCUCUAAAUAUUAAAAACAACAACAAAACACUUGCCUUUCUCUUGUGUCAUUGCUUCAAUGUUCUGUCAUCUUCUGCAAGCUAGAGUUGCACUGCUGACAUCUAAUUAAGAUCUAAGUAUCUUUCAUGAAGGAAUGUCAAAUGUAAAGUCUGUUGAGUUGACCAUGGUGAACCUCUUGAUUGGCGCUCACGUUUAAUAUCUGAUUUCUCUCCUAAAUGGGUAUGUCUAUGAGGAAAAGACACCUAUUUGUUGACAUUGACCAUGGGUAUAAUAAUUUAUUCUCUAGGUUUAACUUCUAAAAUUAUUUUUCCUUUGAUUUCUAACUGCCUCCUUCUAUCCCUAGAGUAAUACCUUGCCUACCUUAAAUACAUCUUUAUCCUUGUAAAAAAUGUUUUGGCAAAAAGCAAAUAUAUUUUUAAAUGUCCUGUAAUGUUUUAAAGAAAAGAAGUAAAGUGUAUUUGGGCUAUGCUCACCAAUAUUCCAGUAUUUUACAAAUUGUGUUCUGCAAGAUGUUCGUUGUAGUCUGAGAACAAAUGGUACUAUACUAUAAUUCUCUCUCCUUGGACAUUGACAAUAAAUGUUAGUGUUUUAAUGAAGCUUAAGAAAGUUAUUGAAUCAGGUAAAAAAAAAUUUUUUCUAAGCACACCUUGAGAAACCUUUGGAAAAGUUUUCUUUUAACACUAGUUUAUAUAUCCUUCAAUAAUUGUAAAUAAAAUAACCAGGAAUGCUUUGAAAAAAAUGCUUCUGGAAUUUUGUUUUAAUUUUAAGAGAAUUCCUGUCAUUUCAAAUGAAUUGUUAUCUAUUUUAAAUUUCAUUAGUAUCUCUUAGUGAAUUUAACUUUAUCAUCUAAAAUAUUCAAAACAAAACAAUAAAAUUAUUUUAAUUGUU